CCAUGAUGGUGAUUACAAUGAUGACUACCACUACCAUGAUAUCGACCACCACUAUCAUGAUAACGAAUAUGCUUGCGACUAUAACCAUGGCUACAAUAAUGACCAAAGCUAUGAUAAUGAUGAUAGUAGCAGUACUAUUA